AUAAAUUUGUUUACCUUCUGGUGGGGUUGGUCCAACGCUCUUAUCCCCUGUUUGGUUACAGGGGCACUGCCGACCUUGUCGGUUUCCCUAGAAAAAAUCAACUCCGUUAUAACGAUUAUCUAACUGAACGGUGGGCGAUGCGACGCUUACGGCCCACAGCGCGUCUCUCUUUCUCCGAAGUUCCCAUACCGCCCGCGAGUCGGCAACCCCCGCUCCCCCCUCUCCUAUAUAUUCACCCUCUCGUCUAACCUUUACGCUCAUCUCAUCGUUCUCAUCUCUUCUUACCCCUCUCCAAAGCAAAGCUUGUGAUUUUUCUUCACUGUUAAGAUGCAGAUCUUUGUUAAGACCCUCACCGGCAAGACAAUCACUCUCGAGGUUGAGAGUUCCGACACGAUCGACAACGUCAAGGCUAAGAUCCAAGAUAAGGAAGGGAUUCCUCCGGAUCAGCAGCGUCUGAUCUUCGCCGGUAAGCAGCUCGAGGACGGCCGGACCCUUGCGGAUUACAACAUCCAGAAGGAGUCCACCCUUCAUCUCGUGCUCAGGCUCCGCGGAGGUAUGCAGAUCUUCGUCAAGACCCUUACGGGCAAGACCAUAACCCUUGAGGUUGAGAGCUCUGAUACCAUCGACAACGUGAAAGCGAAGAUUCAAGACAAGGAAGGAAUCCCCCCGGACCAGCAGAGGCUGAUCUUUGCCGGGAAGCAGCUCGAAGACGGCCGCACUCUCGCCGACUACAAUAUCCAGAAGGAGUCUACCCUUCACCUCGUGCUCCGUCUCCGCGGAGGGAUGCAGAUCUUCGUCAAGACCCUCACCGGCAAGACGAUUACCCUGGAGGUAGAGAGCUCCGACACCAUCGACAACGUGAAGGCGAAGAUCCAAGACAAGGAAGGGAUCCCCCCGGACCAGCAGCGUCUGAUUUUCGCUGGAAAGCAGCUCGAAGACGGCCGGACCCUCGCUGACUACAAUAUCCAGAAGGAGUCUACUCUUCACCUCGUGCUUCGUCUUCGCGGAGGGAUGCAGAUCUUCGUGAAGACCCUUACCGGCAAGACGAUUACCCUGGAGGUAGAGAGUUCCGAUACCAUCGACAACGUGAAGGCGAAGAUCCAAGACAAGGAAGGGAUCCCCCCGGACCAGCAGCGCCUGAUUUUCGCCGGGAAGCAGCUGGAGGACGGCAGGACCCUCGCGGAUUAUAACAUCCAGAAGGAGUCAACGCUCCAUCUGGUUCUUCGUUUGAGGGGAGGUAUGCAGAUCUUCGUGAAGACGCUGACGGGGAAGACUAUAACACUGGAGGUGGAGAGCUCGGACACGAUCGACAACGUGAAGGCAAAAAUCCAGGACAAGGAGGGAAUCCCGCCGGACCAGCAGCGGCUGAUCUUCGCCGGAAAGCAGCUGGAGGAUGGGCGCACCCUCGCCGAUUACAAUAUCCAGAAGGAGUCGACCCUUCACCUCGUUCUUCGCCUACGCGGUGGUGAUUUCUAAGGUGGCUGACCUCGCCUCUUCUUCUUCCAGUCUGUGGCGAUUGAUGGUGUCGUUGGGUUUGUCGUUUGUGGGUUGAUGAUGGAUUUCCUGUACUCUUGAAAAUGGCCGAUAGGCCAAUAUUAGGUUAAUAAGCAUUUCUUAUUUUCUGCAUCAAACAUUAUGUUAAUUCUCUGUUUGUAACUUCUCCAUUGUCGCAGUUCACUGGAUUUGGUUUGUGGUUGGUCGGUUCAAUUUUAAUUCGGUUCAUUUCCUGUUACAUAGAAUCGAUUUUAAUAAAAAAAGUAAUUUUGUUUUUGUUUUCGAAA